CCUAAAAGUGUACUGGCUGUGGAUGGUGGUGGUAGGGGACAGCUCGAGGAUCCUGUUAAGAAUUUUAUUUUGUGAUAAAAGACGAAACCGUGUAAUCGUUUGCCGUUCGAACUUGUGCCAUUUGCAGAAUGUUGCGUAAAGUGAUGUGGUGCAUUGUUGCCUGCACCGUAAUAGCUAGCGUGCAGUGGGGCCAAGGAAGCUGUAGCCCGCUAAUUCCGCCGGAGGACCUAUCGUCGGCGGCAGCAACACUUCGUGCCCAACCGGAGGAGUAUCGGCUGACAGAUGAUAUCGUGCCAUCGCAUUACGAUAUCGAAAUCAAACCCUACUUCGAACAGCAACCGAACCGAUCGGCAUUCUCGUUCGAUGGUAGCACCACGAUAACGGUUACUGCGGCCGCGGAGAAUCUUACACAGAUCAAACUGCAUACGUCGAACCUCGACCUACUGUCGGUGAACGUACUGCGCAAGAGCAAUAGCUCCCCGGUUCCGUUGGCCAAUCGAACGUACGAUGAGGAAACGGAGGUACUGACGCUCAAUCUUGGCACGGCGCUGCUUCGGAACGUGGAGUAUCUGCUCGUCUUUUCCUACGUCGGCCAGAUGGAGGAAGAUAUGCGUGGAUUCUACCGCAGCUACUAUACGGUGAACGGGGCAAAGGUGUGGCUGGGAACGACACAGUUCGAACAAAUGGAGGCUCGCAAAGCGUUCCCGUGUUUCGAUGAACCCAAGUUCAAGUCACGAUUUGAUCUGAAGAUCGUCUAUCAAUACCCGAAGUACAAUGCCUACGCAAACACACCGAUGGUGCGAAAUGAUUCCCUGGGCAACGGUCUAUACCGGGCAACGUUUGCCACCACCCCGGUCAUGUCCACGUAUCUGCUGGCCUUUAUCGUCGCACCGUACGAGAAGGCCGGUGUCGAGCCGGUUCCAAUUCUUGCCCGACCUGAAGCUAUCAAUCAAACUGUGUACGCUUCUAGUGAAGGUAUGAAGCUGCUGCGGCACCUCGGCACCUGGAUUGACUAUCCAUUCGACGAUGUACCGGAAAUCAAGAGCAUGUCGAUGGCGGCCAUCCCGGAUUUUGCGGCGGGUGCGAUGGAAAACUGGGGCCUAAUUACGUACCGCGAGUCAGCGUUGCUGUACGUGCCGGAUGAAGCCACUAGUCUGCAGCAACAGCGCAUUGCCACCAUCAUCUCGCACGAACUCGCGCACCAGUGGUUCGGUAAUCUGGUCACGUGCGAAUGGUGGAACGUAACCUGGCUCAACGAAGGCUUUGCCACCUACCUUGAGUACUUUGGAACCGAUUCGGCCGAACCAAGCUGGGAGCUAGGCCACCAGUUCAUCGUCGAUAAGCUGCAGAGCGCCAUGCAGAUGGAUGGUUGGCCAGAAACGCACCCUAUGACACAUCCGGUCUAUACAAAGACUCAGGCGGCCGCCAUAUUUGAUGCGAUUUCGUACAACAAAGGAGGUGUGGUGCUGAGAAUGAUGGAACACUACCUGACGAGUGUCGUGUUUCAGACGGCACUGCGUGAUUACGUCAAGGAGCGUGCCUUUAAGACGGCCCAACCGGAGGACCUAUUCAGAGCAUUCGAUCGGCACAAUGCCAAUGCUAGCGAGUACAUCAAACCCUGGACCACACAGCCCGGCUAUCCACUGGUUACCGUCAGUAGUGAUCCGGAAGGAUUUAAGCUCACCCAGCGCCGUUUCCUGUACAAUGACACAGCCGAUAGCAACGAAGUCACGACGUGGCCACUGCCCAUUACCUACGCCACCAGCGAGCAGGAGUUCGCCCACACAAAGCCAACGAUCAUCACGAGUCCAAGCUUUCAAAUUAAGCUAGCCAAUGCAAGCGAGCUGCCGUACUUUGUACUCAACAACCAGCAAGCGUUCUACUAUCGGGUCAACUACGACGAAGAACUGUGGACAAAGAUUGGAAAUGCUUUGCGAAGCGAGCGUUUCGGUGGUAUUCACUUGCUCAACCGGGCGCAAAUUGUGGACGAUCUGUUCAAUCUUGCCCGUGCUGACAUUGUGGGCUAUGAGCGGGCACUCGAUCUGUUGGACUAUCUUCGCAAGGAAACCGAGUUCCUGCCCUGGCUGGCCGCAGCCAAUGGUCUGUCGAUGCUUUCCCUGAAGAUCCAUGAAGAAGAUGAAGCACUAUUCACGAAUUACGUGUUGGAUCUGUUCGCUGAAGCCUACGAGCUGGUGAAAUUCCAAGAGCCCACCAGCUCUGAACGUCGAGUACAUACUUAUCUGCGCCGCCUUGUCCUAGACUGGAGCUGCCGGUACGGACACGAAGGCUGUAGUAAGGAGGCACUGAGAGAGUUUGAGAAGUUCCGCCUUAAUCCCGAAACUACCAAGGUACAUCCAGAUAUUCGUCAGACGGUGUACUGUGAGGGUGUGCGGCGUGGUACGAGCGAACAAUAUAGCUUCCUACUGAACCGUUACCUUAGCACGAACGUUGCCACCGAACAGCAGAUGGCACUACAGGGGCUGAGUUGUGCGACGCGAGAGCCACUGAUUCAUCAAUUCUUGAACCUUACUAGCUCGGAUGAUGUACGACAGCAGGACAAGAGCACUGCACUAUCACUUCUAUUGGGUAAUCCAAGCUCCCUACCAGCUGUGGUAUCUUAUCUGACGGAACACCAUGGCCGUUGGGCGGAUGCUCACGGUUCGUAUCGGUAUGUUGGGCAAGCAUUCCAAGGAAUACUGGUCCGAACGAAGAGCGCUGCGCUGAGGGAUACCAUCCGAACAUUCGCUCAAACGAACGAACAUGUCCUUGGACCGGAAGCGUACAAAAUGAUCCUGAAUGGAUUGGAGGAGUAUGAGCUAAAUGAGCAGUUUAUUCUUAAUCAUCGUAAUGGUAUCAGUGCGUUCCUGAAACGGAAAGAUCGUAGCGCCGCUCCGGUGACUGCGGCCAGCACCAUCGGAUUGGUGUCGUGCUUGGCUCUGUUGAUCAUCGGUAGAUUGUUCACCACUCCCCAUUAUCGCCGUCAAGCUGAGGGAGCGUCUUCUAUAAAAGCGGAAUCGCGGAGCGAUGAGCUACUCAGUUUAGGGCAGAGCAUUUUUGGCCCUCGUAGUAGCAGUAACGACAGGAUGAGAUUAGUGGACAAGUUGGUACUGGUGGCCAUCGUUGCCUGUGGUUGUAUUGUUGUCUCGCAGUCGAGCCCACUAGAUCCGGACCGGUAUCUGCUGGUUGAGGCUGAACCACGGGCUGCUCUCGAGGACUAUCGGCUGAAUGAAGAUGUGUGGCCUUCGCACUAUGACAUCGAGAUCACACCAUACUUCGCCGAUGAAGGAACCAAAAAGGCAUUCACGUUUGAUGGCAGAGCAUCGAUAAGGGUCAAAACGACGCUCACCGGUAUCAGUACCAUCAAGCUGCACAUGGCUCGAAUGGAAAUCACCCAGUGGAGCAUUACACGCGUACAGAAUGGUGCUGAUGUCCCACGGAAUCCAGAGGCUUACGAUCCGGAAACGGAAAUUCUUACCCUUACGGUGCCAUCACCCCUCACCCCGAACGAAGAGUAUCUGCUGAACUUUGUGUACAUUGGCAAUAUGGAUGAGGAUAUGCAUGGGUUCUAUCGUAGCUACUAUCUCGAGAACGGACAGAAAGUUUGGAUGGGUUCUACUCAGUUUCAGCAAACGCAUGCUCGGCGAGCAUUCCCAAGUUUUGAUGAACCACGCUACAAGGCGACAUGGUCGAUAAAGAUCAUUCACACUGCCCAGUACAACGUGUUCUCCAACACGCCAAUUAUUAGCGCGAUAUCGAAUGGCGCAGGAAGAACCAUCACGACGUUUGCUAAAACUCCCGUCAUGUCGAGCUAUCUCGUAGCAUUCGUCGUGGCACCCUACCAAAUAACAUCCCGGGACGAGAUGGGUAUUCUGGCCCGUCCGCAAGCCCAAAACCAGACCGCCUACAGUUUGGACGUUGGAUUGAAGCUGCUGCGUGCAUUGGGUGAUAUGGUCGGCUAUCCUUAUACCAGUGUACCGGAAAUGACGCGCAUGUAUAUGGCCGCCAUACCCGACUUUUCGGCCGGUGCCAUGGAAAACUGGGGUCUAUUGACCUAUCGUGAGACCAACAUUCUCUACAGACCGGACGAUUCGACCAGCUUGCAACAGCAACGCAUUGCCGCCGUCAUCUCGCACGAAAUCGCCCACCAGUGGUUCGGAGAUCUACUUACAUGCGAAUGGUGGGAUGUAACCUGGCUCAAUGAAGGCUUUGCCCGGUACUUCCAGUACUUCGGAACGCAGCUUGUUGAGCAGAACUGGGAACUGGAGCAUCAGUUUGUGGUGGAGCAGCUGCAGGGUGUGAUGCAGAUGGACAGUCUAAGGAACACGCGUCCAAUGACACACCCAGUCUACACGCAGGCUCAGGCUAGUGGUGUCUUCGAUAACAUCUCGUACAAUAAGGGAGCCGUAAUGCUGCGACUCCUCGAGCACUUGCUAACUCCCGAACGAUUCCGAACGGCUUUGCGAGAGUACGUUCGGGACAACGCCUACCGUGCAGUACGUCCGGACGAUUUCUUCACCGUCCUGAAUCGCUUCGAGGCGACGGUCAAGAUGCACCUGGAACCCUGGACGGUACAAGGUGGAUACCCGCUAGUUACUGUCACCAGCACUGAUAAAGGAUUCACGCUGACGCAACGGCGUUUCCUGGUGAACGAGCUGACUCACAACGAUAAUACCCUCUGGUCUCUGCCCAUCACUUAUGCCACCAAGGCAGCGGACUUUGCCAACACGCAGCCCUCGUUCCACGAGGGUGCAACGAUAACGCUAGAAGUUGCCGGUGCCGCCGAUGCGCCAUACUUCAUCCUCAACAAUCAGCAGGUUGGCUACUAUCGGGUAAACUACGAUGCUGGACUUUGGGCAAAGAUUAGCAAGGCUCUGCAUAGCGAAGGCUUCGGUGGUAUCCACGUGCUCAACCGGGCGCAACUGGUGGACGAUCUGUUUAACCUGGCCCGUGGUGAUGUCGUUCCGUACGGAACGGCGCUCGACAUUCUCGAGUAUUUGAAGGAAGAGACCGAAUAUGCUCCCUGGUUGGCAGCGGUCAAUGGACUUACCACUUUGGCCCGUCGUGUGCACGAGGAAGAUGAGCAACUGUUCAAGCACCACAUUUUGGAUAUUUUCGGCAAAGUGUACGGCGUAGUGAAGUUCCAGGCUCCGGCCACCGGUGAACGACGCGUCCACACCUAUCUGCGACAGAACGUGCUGCAGUGGGCUUGCAACUAUGGACACGAGGAAUGUAGUGAAGCGGCUGUUAAGGAAUUUGAGAGUUUCUUCCAGAAUCCUACAGUCAAAGUAAAUCCCGAUCUGCGCCAGGUCGUCUAUUGCGAGGGCAUCCGCAAGGGAACGAGACAACAUUUUGAGUUCCUGUGGAACCAAUAUCUUACUAGCAACAUGGCCACGGAGCAGAUUCUGAUCCUCCAAGGUCUGGGUUGUGCAUCUUCGAAGGAAUUGGUCAAUAUUAUGUUGGAUGCCAUUACGACCGAGAACAUCAGGCCGCAGGACAAAAGCAACGCGUACACGUACGUUAUUAACAACGCAUACACUCUGCCCCACGUGUCAGCGUAUCUGCAGCAGAACCACGCCAUUUGGGCCGCAGCGCACGGCAGCUAUUUGAAUGUAGCAUCGGCAUUCAACAACCUGCUCGCUCGUUUGAAGAACGACGCAGAGAAGAACAAGAUCAGCUCGUUCAUUGAGACUAACAAGGCUGUGCUUGGUACGGCAGCAUACGAUUCUAUCAAGCAAGGACUGGACGAUUACGAAACCAACAAACAGUUCACGACGAAGAACCGCGAUGAAAUUCGCGACUUCCUGAAGAAGAAAGCAGAUGGUGGAGCUGCCACUGUGCUCACUAACGUUUCGUUGAUCGUCGGUUUGGUUGUGUUUGCUCUUUCGCGCCAGUAACGCACAACGAACGCAGCAUAACAGAGAUUAUGGCUACAUAUCCAAAAUAAACUGGUCAUAAACAUAUUAA